AGACGGGGCUGAAGAGCAGCUGACAGGAGUCGCAGUAAGUGAGGAGCCAGAGGAGUGUUGUAGUGAGGCUCCACCACCCGCACCGACCACACGCUGCACCAUGCCAGACUUCACACAAGAGAAAGACAGGUUCACUCCUCCCCACAACCUCAACACCAAGUAUGCAGUAGAUGAAGUUCACCGCUACAUGGUAGACUGCAUGAUGGCUGUAGGCACUCCCAGGCCUCAAGCCACACACCUUGCUGAUGUUCUGGUAGCUGCUGACACUCGUGGCCACUACAGUCAUGGACUCAACAGGCUAGAGAUGUAUGUGAAUGAUGUGAAGCAAAAGGUUUGUGAUGGAAGUGCUGAACCCACCAUUAUGAAGGAGAGUGUGUCCACAGCUCUUGUUAAUGGCAACAAUGGCCUAGGGCCUGUUGUGGGCAACUUCUGCAUUGAUUUAGCUGUUACGAAGGCUAAAGAAACAGGAAUUGGCUGGGUCUGUGCAAGAGGCAGCAACCACUAUGGCAUUGCUGGCUGGUAUGCCAUGAGGGCCACUAAGGAAGGGCUCUUGGGCAUGAGUUUUACCAACACUUCACCCCUUGUUGCACCAACCCGUGCUAAAACGGGUGCUCUAGGGACCAAUCCAAUAGCAGUGUCAGCACCAGCAAAGAAUGGGGAUAGUUUUGUGCUGGACAUGGCAACUUGUGUGGUAGCUGUUGACACAUCCAGCACUCUAACUGUAUCCUCUCUGUCCAAAGUAUUCUUCAUUGUCUGGAAGGGGUGGAAAAAGAUAGAGGUAGAGCGUCGGAAGGAAAAUCCUAUACCUGAAGGUUGGGCCUUAGACAAGAAUGGUAAACCCACUACAAAUGCUGCAGAGGGCAUGGAAGGUGCUCUUAUGCCCCUUGGUGGGGCAGAGCUACAUUCUGGCUAUAAAGGCUAUGGCCUUGCCAUGUUAGUGGAAGUCUUCUGUGGCAUCAUGUCGGGCGGACAAUAUGGGCCGAAUGUACGAAAGUGGAUGCAAACAGAUCGAGAAGCGGACUUGGGGCAGUGCUUUGUGGCCAUUGAUCCCUCCUUCUUCUCGCCAGGCUUUGAGGACCGAAUGAGUGAUAUGAUGGAUUAUUGUCGUGGAAUGGAACCUGCUGAGCAAGGUAAACCAGUUUUGGCUCCUGGCGACCCUGAACGCUCGCAUGUUGAGAAGGUGAAGAAAGAGGGUGGCAUCACGUAUCAUAUUAACCAGAUAACAGACUCUUGGAGGCUGGCACAGGUUCUGGGUGUGAAAGCAAUGCAGUAAGUGCCACUCAAGAAUUUUGCUGCAAUCCAUCGGUUAAUUCACAGUUCUAAUUGUUGCCCAUUUAUGCAAUGUCAUUGGUUUUUCUGUAGCUUGAGUUAACUACAGUAUUAUAUAAUGUUGUCACUAACUUAGCACAUGUAAUUUGAGUUACAAGAGGUCUCAGUAUAGUCGUGGGGAAGUGGUACAGCUAAAAAAGGAGACUUUUGAUAAGAACUGAUUUCUACUAUGCUGUGAGUUAGCCUUGUUUACAAAAAGUUAAAGCACAAACUUUUUCUGUGGCAAAGUUAUUAAUACAAUUUUUGUAGCUCUAGAAUGUGAAUUUUUUUUUUUUUUUUUUGUGAUAGUAUUAUGUAAUUCUUUAGAAAUAAACACAAUGCUAAUUAUGUACUUAAA